UUUUUUAAAGAUUUUUGAAAUAAAAAAUCUCAUUAAUUAAUGGCCAAUAAGUCGUCACAGCGACCGCCACUUCCAUCGCCGCAGUCGCUAUCGGCGGUCGCCGGCCAAUGGAUUGAAAUAUCCGAACCGAAAACUGGUGUCCAAAUGUUUGCCAAUCUGGUCACCGGUGAGUGUCGUUGGGAUGAACCGCGCGGUCCAGGAGUGGCCAUUGCUCGGGCAUCGGAUCCAUCGGUUACUCAAUGGUGGGAACUAUACGAUCAAAAAAGUCAACGCUUUUACUAUUACUGCGCUCGCGAUCAGCGGACAGUAUGGAAGCGGCCGACAGCUGACGAAGCAGUUGUCGUUCCGUUAGCCAAACUACAGAUUCUCAAACAAAAGACGACAAGUUUAUCGCCGAAACCUUCGUCGUCCGGAACGACCACUACUACUACUACUACUUCAGAACGAUCGACACAAACAGAGCCGCAGACAUGCACUCGAUCGACACAAACCAGUGGCCAGUGGUCUGAUUGUAGCGGAGGAGGCGUUGGUGGCCACCAAAUGGUGGCCGAAUUUCGUAAUCCUAGUCUUCGUCAUUAUCUGAUAUCUGAGGCCCGAUUGACUCACGCUAUGCGAGGCGUUGGCGGCGGCGGUGGCGGCGAAUCGGGAACUAUUCUGACCGGAGUAUACGAUUCGGACGACGAUUACGCCGAUGAAGACGUCGAUGUGGACGAAAGCGAUGUCUCAUGCGAUGCGGACGACGAAUAUGAUUGCGAUUUCUCUAAUGAUGACGACGUCUCGGACGACGACGAAGUUUCGGACGACGACCGCAUCGAUGCCGUUGUCGUCCAGAGACGACGCGAUGUUCACAAUAAUGCUAUUCAAUCGCCAAAUACUAGACAACCGGUUGUCGUCGUCCAGAGUGUCGUCCAGACGACGGCCACCACUGUAGCGACUCAUAGAUCGCCGCCACUGCCAUCGCUUCCCGCACAUCAACAGCCAACCGUUCAGUGCCAACAACAACAACAACAACACCAACCGGUCAUAAAAUCGGUAUCUUUGAGUCAGAUUUCAGUUCCGGUUUCUGGUCAUAAAACUUCGGCCACAAGUCCUCAACCGAAACGAAUGACAACUUUAGAAACGACGACAACAACGACGACCGCCGCCGCCGCCACCACUCGUAUUCCUCCACUUCCUCCGCCACCACUGGAAGUCUUGUCUUCUGGUCUUUCGAUCGAAUCGUUUGCAAAAGAAAACAUUGAAAGACAUCGAAAGCUAUUUAUCGGUAAAAAAGUUUCGUUAAAACAAAUGCUCGAAUGGUCUAAAAAAUCGAUUCGAAAACCAAUGAUUUCAUCGAUUUCUGACCACAAACUCAGAUCCGAAGCGAAACUCAUGUUUCGAUCGGUUCAACGCUUUAUGCACGACAUCCCCGCAUCGCUAGACGAUAGCCAACAACAAGUAGUCAUCGGUGGUCAACACCAACAGCAGUUGUCGUCCGAAGCCGUGGACGACGAUCUGUUGCUUCAAUUGUUGACAACAGCCGCACAACAACCCAUACUUCGAGACGAACUUCUCAUUCAAAUUGCAAGACAAACGACAAGAAAUCCGUCGGAAGAUUCCGAACGACGGGGUUUGCGACUGAUGGCCGCUUGUUUCUGGUAUUUCCCGCCCUCCCAGAAACUGGCCCCACAUUUGCGGGCAUUUCUGGCCAACCAUACGAAUCCGGAGGCCAGGGAUUCGGUUCGCCGUAAAUUCGAACAACAACUUCGUCGUUCACAGCAAUCGCAUGUCGUCUACGUUCGUCGUCCGCACGACAGACAAGAAGUUCGUCGUGUCCUCCGUUGUGUUGAAAGCGGUUUUGUCGGCGUUUUCGGCGAACGACUGGACGACGCACUCAUCGAUCGGCGACUCAUUCCAUGGCCAAUCGUUGCACUGACAGAAGCACUGCUUCGGUGUCGCGGAUCUGUCGACUCUACGAACACCACUGCCGGCGGCGGCGGCGAUGAAAGCGGUGACCAAUCGGCGGGCGAGUGUUGCGAACGCGAAGGUGUGUUCCGUUGUGUCGGAGAUUUGGAUGAAGUCAUGCGUCUCAAGAUUAAGAUCGAUACAGUGAUCACUAGCGGCGACCAUCCGGACGACGACAUCCAAUCGUCGGUCGAUUUGAAUCAUCUGUUAAGCGACGACAUCGACAUUCAUGUUAUCGCUUCGGGACUGAAACUCUAUUUUCGUGAACUACGGGAACCGGUUGUUCCCUACGAUCACUAUUGGGAAGCAUUGGAUGCCGCACACGAUCCGCGUCGGGCCCGGCGUCUGGUCGAUCGAUUGGCACCCGUCAACCGUCUAUCGUUGGCCUAUUUGAUCCGAUUUCUACAAGUAUUCAGUGCACCCGAACAUGUAGUUACUACGAAAAUGGACGACGCCAACUUGUCGAUGGUCUGGGCGCCAAACUUAUUGCGGGCGUCGCCGACUGCAGCCGCCGAUUGCACGGCCUCGGCGUCGGUGACCAACAGUGGUCAACAACAACAACAACAGGACAUGUCGUCGAUAUUCGAAAGAACGCGUUCGGAGAUGUCGUUCGUUCGGACAUUGAUUCAACAUUUGGACACUUCUUUUGUUUCGGGCGUUCGUUGAAUAAGAAUUACCCGAAAAUAA